CUCAAGAUUGGUCUUCUAGUUUUUCUGGCCGGGCUUAAUUUUGCUUCCCUUUAUUGCAGGAAUUAAGAAAAUGAAUUCAACCAUGUCAUCUUUGAAUCCCCAUGCAGCAUCAUACAUACCACUGAACAAGAAAGAAGAGGAGGCUAGCCAUAAAACUGUUCUGUUCAAUUCUCCUUCUGAAGGCCACACCGGGACGGCACAGUUGUAUUUCGAAGGCGGUGAUGCUUCUUCUGACUUUAGCAUCCAUGACAUUGAGGCUCUUGUCAAUGACAAUAGUCUGGAAAAAAGUGGUUUACAGCAGAAGAUAAGCAACCAGGCUGAAGUGCAGUACAUAAAUGAAGAUUCUGAGAUACAUCUGGCUUAUCUGUCAUUCAUGUUUCCAAACAUAUCAGAACAUUGCCUUGCUCAUGUUCACUCUGCUAAUGAUGGUGACUUGGAAGCCUCGAUCAACAUGCUGUAUGACCUGGAGUGCUUCCCUGUUGCUGCUUCUAAAUCUGUUCCAGUCAGCUCGGAUACUACCGGUGAUGAUGAUGCAUCAGAACUUGAAGUUACAGGAAGAGAAAAGUAGAGAGAGAGAGAGAGAGAGAGAGAGAGAGAGAGAGA